UUCGGUUUCGUGGACAUCUCUAACGACUACCUUUGUAAGCUCCGCCUCGGCUAGAACCCCUUCUUCAACCUCACUCCUAUUCUCUCUAUAUAACUCCCACCCAGACAUCUAAUGGUCUAAUGCACACUCUGCUUCCCCAUUCCCUUAUUCUUCGAUACCCUUCUCACCCUCCAUCACUCUCCACCAUGACUUCUUCCCUCACUCUUCCCUCAAUUUCCCUCAAGAAGCUCCACUCCCCUCCCACUCGCUCCCAACCUUCACUCCCCGCCAAUUCCCUCUCCUUCCGAAAUGGGGUUUCAAGUUUUAGUCUUAAACACUCGGAUCGAUCUAGGGUUUUCAUGAGCGUAUCGGUCGGAUCUCAGGCGACUGUCGACGAUGCUUUGUUCUCUGACUACAAGCCUAGUACCGCUUUUCUGUUCCCUGGCCAGGGUGCACAAGCAGUUGGAAUGGGAAAAGAAGCUCAAAAUGUGCCUGUUGCUGCAUCACUGUACAAGAAAGCAAAUGACAUAUUAGGGUUUGAUCUUCUCGAUAUCUGUAUCAAUGGACCAAAAGAAAAGUUAGAUUCUACAGUUAUCAGCCAGCCGGCUAUUUAUGUCACAAGUCUAGCUGCAGUGGAGCUACUACGUACACGUGAUGGAGGCCAGCAGAUUAUUGACUCAGUUGAUGUUGCAUGUGGUUUAAGCCUUGGAGAAUAUACUGCUCUGGCAUUUGGUGGAGCCUUUAGCUUUGAAGAUGGGCUCAAGCUGGUCAAAUUGAGGGGUGAAGCCAUGCAGGAAGCUGCUGAUGCUGCUAAAGGGGCCAUGGUUAGUGUGGUAGGACUGGAUUCGGAGAAGGUUCAGCAAUUGUGUGAUGCAGCUAAUCAGGAAGUUCCUGAAGCUGAGAGGGUUCAAAUUGCAAACUACCUAUGCACUGGAAACUAUGCUGUCUCUGGUGGCAUAAAAGGAAUAGAAACAGUGGAGGCAAAGGCAAAGUCUUUCAAAGCUCGAAUGACAGUGCGUCUUGCUGUUGCUGGUGCUUUUCACACUGGUUUCAUGGAACCAGCUGUGUCAAGAUUGGAAGCAGCAUUGGCAGCUACAGAGAUUAGAACCCCAAGAAUUCCAGUCAUCUCCAAUGUUGAUGCACAGCCACAUGCGGAUCCUGACACGAUAAAGAAGAUAUUGGCACGCCAGGUUACUUCCCCUGUUCAGUGGGAAACAACAGUGAAGACUCUUCUAACCAAGGGGCUGAAGAAAAGUUAUGAAUUGGGACCGGGAAAGGUUAUUGCUGGGAUUAUCAAGAGACUGGAUAAAGGUGCUGACAUUGAAAAUAUUGGCGCUUGAGAAGACAGUGAGGUCUUGCUUCUCUUUCAGUGGCUUGCAAGGACACAUGGUUAAACGUGAAUUAAUUUUUUUCACGGGAUCAUCAGCUUGUGCUAAAUCCAGUAAACAUGGGAGAAAGUUUCCUCGAGGGCAGAGACCAAAGAUUAGUUAUAACUUGUCAGUUAGACGUCAAUUUUGUAACCAAAAUUUCAUUCUCGGAUUGGCAGCAACAUGCUUCUCUCUUUGUUCCAAACAUAAGUUAUUGCACUUGUGGCGGGAAUAAUUCUAGCUUAUAUCAUCUUAUAAUACCCCUAAUACCUUCUGUUAAAAUAUUUCAAGGAAUGUACUGACGAGUCAUGUGUUUGAAA